GACAACAUGGAGGCUAGAUCUCUCUGCACCAGACUGUGGUUACUGUUGCUUGCUGUACAUGUUCAGAACUGUUGCUAUGCUCAGAGAGAUGAUGCAGCGUUUCCUCACAUUAAUCCAAACAGGCUGCAGUUCUUUGAAUAUGACUCCAUCUUUGUAAAUUGUAAAAAGUUGGAUUCCUCAUCUGAAUGGAGAGUAAUGAGGAAGCUGAAGGAAGAUUCCACAAACACUACCCGGUGGGGAAAAUCAACAGGAGCCAUUAGCAUUAACCUUGCCUUCACAUCAGACAGUGGAGAAUACUGGUGUGAAAAUGAAAAAGGGGAAAGAAGCAACAGCGUCAACAUCACCGUCACUGCUGGCGAUGUGAUCCUGGAGAGUCCGGCUGUUCCUGUGAUGGAGGGAGACACUGUGAGUCUCUACUGCAGAAACAAGAGGACUGCCUCCAACAUCCCAGCUGAUUUCUAUAAAGAUGGCCUCCUCAGUGCGACUGGAUAUAAAGGAAACUUCACCAUCGAUGGUGUUUCUGAAUCUCACGAAGGCCUCUACAGGUGCAGCAUCUCUGGAGCCGGGGACUCAGCGGAGAGCUGGCUGGCUGUCAGAGCACAUAUUACUCUAUCACCUGAAGAGAGUCAAGAGAGUCCAGAGACAUCUUCAAGCAACGGCUCCCCUCAUCUCUUCAUCAUUUUAUCAGUCGGUUUCACCAUUUUGUGUUUGGCCCUAUUGCUGUUGGUGGUGGGAUUAAUUCACUGUCGUAGAAAAGAAGUGGGCUGCUUUUCUUCGGAGGCAACAACACCAGGAACAGAUUCAGUCCCUGGGGAGGGAAGUGUUGCUGAUCCGAACAUGGUGACAUAUGCUGUUGUUACAAAACAUCGAAAGAAAAUAGAUCCAGGAUCAUCCAGCUGCUCAGCAAGACAAACAUCUUCAGCAGGAGUCAGACCUAAUUUAAGAGACAAUGUUGCCAUCUAUUCUACAGUCCAAUGUUACUGACAGGAGAAACAUCUGCCUAGGGUGGAGCAUACAGAUGCACUCUGUUUACACAUGUAAUAGAGGAAGUAAGACCAAAUAUAUUACAGUAAACUCUUAUUGAUGUUCAACAACCAUUCACAGAAAAAUCAGUCAAAGAGGAGUAAACAUAAAGACCACAUUUCUUAGCACCUUCACAGUUUAGUGCGCUAUGGACCUUUUUGUGUCUAAUAAAGUCAAUUUAAUUUUUAUAUAAUAAGUUAGUUGUUGUUGUUAGGGUCAGUCGAUAAAAAGAUGAAAUAUAGAAGCCCAGUUAGAUGAUUUUAUUUUUUAUUAUAAACCUUCAUCUGAUGGCUUUUGCUAACGUGCAGCACCAGGAUCUAUUUUUAAGAGCGAGUGGUUCAUCAGCAGUUAAACCACAUUGUUGCAUAUGUCUGUUCACAUGUCUGAAGCAACAUGAAAAUAGAGCUGCUGUGGCUUUAAAAUACACUCGCUGUGGUCAGCUAACAGCACUCUGCUGUUCGAGCAGUUGGACCUGAAGCAGACACAGCUAUAGAUGUACACGCGUAACGUUCAUAUAUCAAAGUUGUGGCAGUUACCAGUUUCUAAUUUUUAAACAGUGUUCACGUCAGAGUCAUAAAUACAACUAGUAAAGUGUGAUUCUCAAAGUCGGCCGAAGUGUGUUGUUAAAUGCCAUCAGACUCAAGCUAAAGUUUAUUUGGCUGCACAGUAAGAUAAAUACUGUCCCUUACAUCUCCACUAUCUAUCACACAGGAUGUGAACAUGGUAUUAAACAAUCCUCAUCAGUGGGUAGUCUGUAAAUAUCAAAUCAUGUGGACUAAAUAAAAAGCUCCUCUAGAAAAGCAUCAGGGUGUAACUGAUAAAAUGAUAAUAUGGAUAUAUUGACCAUCAACUUGGUACACUGGUUUAUGUCUUUGUGAAACUGGUGAUCACUUUGGUUGUAAAUGGAUAAUAGUCACAAUUCAAAGCUGGUUCUGUAGUGCAAUGGAGACUCCUUUCCUUCCUGUGAUGUAGGGUGAUGUUGUGACUUCUAACAUCUCAGUUUACUUCUAUAAAAAUGGCAGUAAACUCAUCUAUCCAGUGUUUGAUGAAGGACUUCUUUAAAUAUAUGAUAUCAUUUUAUAAAUCUGUUUUGCACAGUAAAUCACUUAUUAUUAUUAAGGUUUUUUAUCUUUUGGCUUGUGUGUAUGACAAUAUUGUAUUUCCUAUUUGUCUUAUUGAACUAAUUCAACUUUUCUUAUUUUUGUGAUGCCUAUUAGUAGAUUCUUUCAUUUGCUUUGACAACUGUUCAUGAUGAGAUGAAGUUUCUCAAGAGGUGAAAACAGGUCAAGAUAUCUGUAGUGUUUUUAAACCAUGUAUCUAUCUAUGCCCUGUCUCAUCAAACAUCAUACUUUAUUUAAUUGUGUUUAACCCUGGCUAACCCUGUGCAGAAUAACCACACUGUCUCCACAGCUCUGUGAUAAGACACUGUGGGUUUGUUUUAGCAGAGGUAGUUCCCACACAGAGAACUAUGGUCAUGUGGUUUAAUGCAAACAACUGCUGGUUCUUUCCACUGCUGCAGAAUAAAGGAGGAGCACCAAAGAGACAGACAUGUGUUAGCAUUCAUUUUGAAGUUUAUUCUGUCCUGUUUCUGGACAUUUCUUCCAUGUUUCACAAAGAAAGUCGACCUCCCACCCAAGAAAAGGACAUAAAACAGAGUGACGCCUGCGAGCUGCAGGGCUAUACACACGUCAUGCCUCACUCUCUCUCACUCUAAUCACAAACACACACUUCCCAUUUGACGGCCUAUUAACGCUGCUAAAUUUCCCAGCUCUCCCUCUGCUCCAUCAAUGCUGCUGCUGCCCUGCAUCAGUGUUGUCUGUUCUUUAAACCCCACCACUAUUCCCAGCAUCCACCUGCAGGUUUCGAGUGGGGGGUUUAAGGUAUUUGCUCAUCACUCCCCAAUAUCUCGAUGGACACAUGUCUGCAGGCAGUGAGUCUUACUAUGUUGACCUACCGCAAUAAACAUUUCAAACAAGAGUUGUCUGACUGAAAUACAUUU